UAAGUUGGCGCGGAUCUGCGAUCAACAGCCCAAUGGUCCGGACGAGUGAGAUUGGGGUUGCCCUGGUGAUAAAACCCUACUGCAAUCCUCCUGUUUCUGUUUCUCUUCGUUACUGCGGCGCUCCAAAACCCUAAAGCACCAUCUCUAGCCAGUCGCUAUUCCAAUUAAAGAGAAGUGAAGAAAAUGAGUAGAGGUGGAGCUGCCGGGGCCGGUGGAGCCAAGGGGAAGAAGAAGGGAGCUACAUUUACUAUUGAUUGCUCGAAGCCGGUCGAGGAUAAGAUUAUGGACAUUGCCUCUCUCGAAAAGUUCCUUCAGGAGCGCAUCAAAGUCGGUGGCAAAGCCGGGGCUCUCGGUGAUUCCGUCACCGUCACCCGUGAAAAGUUCAAGGUCACGGUCACAUGUGACUCCAACUUCUCCAAACGAUAUCUGAAAUACUUGACAAAGAAGUACUUGAAGAAGCACAAUGUGCGGGAUUGGCUUAGGGUCAUUGCUUCCAACAAGGAUCGUAAUGUUUAUGAGCUGAGAUACUUUAACAUUGCCGAGAAUGAAGGCGAGGAUGAAGAAUAGAUUAUCAGUUUGUUCUUUUCAUGCUUCUAUCUAAUUUUUCCCUCUUUGUAGGUGAUGUUUAUUACUUGAUCUAUGGUCUCUUUCGAAUUUUUGGAAGUUGAAACAUCGAAAUUUUGUCAGAGUUAUUUACUUUGUUCAGGAUUUUUUUGUUAAAACAAGAAUGCUUGCCUUGAUUAUUUAUAUCACUCUUAUCCUUUCUUGAGAAA